AUGGCUGGUAAGUAAUAGUUGAGACAGAAAACUGUAGUCUUCCUUUUGUUAUUUCCCAGAAGAAAGAACAUGAUGCUAAUCGACCGUUAUUUCUUAUAUUUAGAAUCAAUCCAAGCAACUGCAGUGAGAGGUACAGGCAAAGGCAAACCCAAACGGGAUUCAAUGUGCCGUCUCGAAGAAGUGGUGCAAUCAGCAACGUGAGUGUUUUCCAUUUUUAUAUCUUUAUGAUUUAGAAUAUUCUAACAAGUAUGCUGUUUUUUAUACAGCGGCGAAGGAAUACCAGAGGCCUUAGCACAUCUGCUGACGUAUCACUGCCGAGAGAGUGAUACGGAAAUGAGGCGCUUCGUGUACCGAAGCAUGUUUUCCUUCUUGUCGGUAAAUAAUGAAACAUCAGUUUGCGGUUGUAAUAUGUCUAAUAUAAUCGCUUGGAAGAAAAGGAAUGUACUGUAGAUAUUCUUUGCCCUUGGGUUUUGUUCUUUGCCAUUGUAAGGGGUAAGGCAAGUUAGUUUGAAAGCCAAAGGCAAAGCGAGCACGUGGCAAGAGCUGGUAUGUACGGUAUUGUGAUUUGUGCUUUACUCGACUUGAUAUAAAAACAAUUUGCUACUUCUAUUUUUCAGAGAGAACGAGGUGUGGAUAACGGUGCUUCACUGGUGUACCCGCAAGAGAUCCUUGAUGCUGUUAGGGUACUUUACCCUGACGGUAUCAAGGACUACCCACCAAGGGCAGGGAAGGUAAGCAUUAGCAUGACGACAGUUUCUCGUAUAUAUACAUAUAUGUGUAUGUGUGUAUGUAUGGCUGUGUGUGUCUCUGUUUGUCUGUCUCAUUGUAUGUAUGUGUGGUAUGUAUAAUAUGUAUAGUAUGUAUAGUAUAUAUAUGUAUACAUACAUACAUAAACUUUAUUUAAACAUGGAAGAAAAACCAUCAGUAUGUAUGUAUGUGUGUGUGCAUAAUAUAUAAUUGUGUAUCGUUCAUUCUGCAGAGAAAAAGGUUGUACGAGGUCACCCUUGAGGAAUUGGUGCAGGAGUACCGCACCCUUAAGAGGUCACCAAGUCCUGAAUAUUAA